AUGACCGACUUCAAUGAGACAAGAUCACCCCUCACAAACGAGAAUGUGCAGAAUUGGGCUCGCGCCAAUUUCGCUGCGCCUUUUCGCGCGUUACCGCGCGCCGCAAGGCUCCAUUGGAUCGAGUUUGAUGAGAGCUUCACUAUCAGCAGAGCCAUCUGGCGGUCGCUUGGCCGCUCCACCCACAAACAAUUACUCGUCAUCGGCGGUUAUGCACCAGGACCCGCGGGAGACGACGACGAACCGACUGAUCGUGUGACGGCCCACGUUCACGAAGAUGAAGCCGAGGUCAGCUUCUACCGAAUCGCCGAAUUGGACGAUGGCAGCAAUGAGCUGCAGCCCGUGAAUAGUACGAGUACCGUUGCUUUCCAUGCGCCUUUUUGUGAUGUCGGUGAUGACAUGGGCGGUUCAAAAGCUAUACAUCGCGUCUCAGCUCUGAUUCUUUAUUAUUUCCUGGCUGCGGGACACGUGAAAGAGUUAUGUCGGACAAGAGCAGACCCCACCAUGUUUACCAGGAAUUUUCGGGAUGCCUGUCUAUGGGUCCAGAAUGAAGGAGAACGCCCAUUAUUACCACCAUCGAGGAAAUCCGAGCCUACUACUCCGCUCCAGCCAGAUAGUCCAGCUGUUCGGCCAAAACGUUCGUCUACCGUCUCAUUAACAUCCCGGGUCAUCAACGAAGAUAUCGGGGCUCCGCCUAUCAAACGCGCAGCAACAGAUAGUAUUAACGUCAAAAUUAAACGCGAACGCGACGAAGAUUACCCCGGCAUUCCAUCUGGUAUCCGUCCAAAGAAGCAUCCCCGCCGUACCCUCAGCGAGCAAAUCAUCGUACCAUCAAAACUUUCCGAAAUAACAGCAUCACAUUCGUCCAUUAUGAGUCCACGGAGCCCCGCACCAGAACGCGUAAAUCGCGCGCUAACCGACCGCAUCAACCACCUCAAAGACGAAAACGCCGUACUAAAAGCUUCGGUAAACGGCCUCGAAACCGAAAAGACGGACCUCCAGCACCGUAUGGCUAAAGAAUCACAUGCCUACCGUGGCCUGCAAAUCGAAUCCGACGCGUUGAAGAAGGAAUCAGAGGCCAUGAAGCGCGAAAUGAAUGCAAUGAAAGAGCGGUUAGAAUCUGUGGAAACUUCGGGCGAAAAAUUACGCGUUGAAGUUGAGAGGUUAACGACCGUGGAGGAGGCAUCGAAGGAAUUAAGGAAAGAAUUAAGAAAUGAGGUCGAGGGGCUACGUGGGAGAGUGGAACGUAGUGAGAAGGAGGCGGAACACGCGAAAGAGGAAUUGUUGGCUGUGAGACGGGGGCUGACGAAAGAGCUGGGUGAUGCUGUCAAGAAGUGGGGUGCUUGA